UUGUCUUGUUUAUUUGUCUUGGUAAUUUGAGUCGAAGCCAUCAUGGCUGGCCGAGGAAGGGGUCGUGGUGGCGCAACGUUUAAUAUUGGUAUUUUAGGUUUUAACAGGGGUGAUGCUCUCCCUCAGCCAAUUCACCAGCCACCCCCUUUGUUUCCCCCAUUGGAACUGAAAGCUGUACCUUUACUGCAAGGAGAGGAAUAUGAUUACAUGCUUGCAUUGAAACAAGAAUUCCGAGGAACUAUCCGGGAAUCACCAUUCUACUUGAAAGUAACUGAGAAAAAGAAAGACAUUCACCGAUAUUCUGAUAAAUACCAAUUCAGUAGCAAUGAUGGAAACAGUUGUUUCCAACCAGGUUUGAUAUAUUGGGAUCGUCUUCCGCCUGAAUUAAAAACACUGAAGAAGAAACUGAAGAAAGUCAGAUUCACCCCGAAACCAAAUGUUCCGACCAAAGCUGAGGCUGCUGAGGUUCUGAAGACUUUGGAGAGUUUAGAGAAGAAAGAUGUGAAUCCUGAUGAGAAUGAAACAGAAGAAAACGAAGGAGAAGACAACGAGCUGGAAGAAUAUUAUGAGGAAGAAGAAGAAGAAGAGGACAAUGACUACAAUUUGAACUACUUUGAUAAUGGAGAAGAUUAUGGUGAUGACGAUGAUGAUGAUGUUGAUGAGGGGCCUACAUACUGAGACUGAUGAACACAGAGUAUUAUUAUUAUCAUAAUUAUUAUUAUUCACUCUGUCUUCUGUCACCACAGCAAUGUCUCCAUUAUAUUCAAUUUUCGACAUACAUCCAUUGCAGAAGAAGAGUCAGGGACUCUCUGUCCCUGUCUUUCAUUCUAUAUUUUCUACUUUUAUCUAUUAAAUGGGUGAAUCUGUGUUUGUGUAUAUCUGGUUAGAGAGUGUGUGUAUAUAUAUAUGUGGUCUAUAUUGUGCCUUAGAAACAGAGAAGUGUCUGUGUGUUCUAAACAAUGCUUUAUUAAGGGCUGUGUAUGUUUGUGCAUUUGUGAAAGUAUGUGUAUGUAUUCUAUAAUGAGUUUUUAAUAAGAAUGUACAGUGUUUACAUGUGUGUAUUAUGUUCAGGGUGUGUACAAGGUUUGGGUACAUGGAGUAAAUAAAAUCAUAACAUAAGCAAUUAGAUAUAAGAAAUAAUAAUUUCUUAAAGUACGUGUUAAUCCCCAUGUAGGUACAUGGAGUAAAUAAAAUCAUAACAUAAACAAUUAAAUAUAAGAAAUAAUAAUUUCUUAAAGUAUGUAUUAAUUCCCAUGUACCCAGACUUUGUGGACACCCUGUAUAUUACCUAUUAAUCAUGAAAAUUGUGUGUGUGUGUGUGUAUGUAUGUGUGAUAGUGUACUUUUCAUUGAUCCAUUUAAGCGAAGGGUUAGUGUGUGUGUGUGUGUGUGCUUAUAUCACCCCUUAUAUCAUACAUUGAACCAUGUGUAAUCCAUAAUAUGGAAGUAUUAUUUGUGUGUCUGUUAAAUAUUAACCCUUUAACAUUCAGAUUACCCAGUCAAAUGUAUUGCUUAUUUAUUCACAUUGCUUUUAAUUAAUCAGGCAGCUUCAAGAUUUUGAUGUGAUUUGUUUAUUUUAAGAAUGACAUUGUAGGGUAGGUGUCAGGCCAGAUCUGGUCAGUUUGAACAUAAAGCUUAUUUGAGCUGGACAUGACCAGUUUAAAUGCUAUUGGGUUAAUCAUGAAGAUGAAAAACUGUGUGUGUAUGUAUGUGUGACUCUAUGGGAAAGGUUAGUGUGUGUGUGUGCUUAUGUCACACAUUGAACCAUGUGUGGUAUUCAUUGGUCCAUGAUAUGGAAGUGCUGUUUAUGCGUGUAUGCACUUCAACAUUGUUGAUGUAAGGAAGUAAAUUGGUGUGUGUGAGCUUGUUUUCUGCAUCGAGUCAGGAUUCUGUGUUCAGAUUGAGUUGUAUUUGAAAGGGUCAUGUGUUUCUACCUUAGUCAGGAUAAGUGAUGUGUGUAUGUCUUCAUCAAAGGGAGCGUGCAUGCACACACACACACGUGUGUGUGUGUGUGUGAGCAAAAAGUAAUUUGUGUGUAUGUGUGUACAUGAACUAACCAAAGGGAGUAUACAUACACACACAUAUAUAUGUACUUAUACACAUAAAUAUGUAUAUUUAAUAGUGACUGGUGUAUAUGUGUGUGCCAAUGCAUUGAUCCAUUGUAAAGAGUAAACAAUAUAAAUGCAUUUGUGUGUAGCUGUUAUGAGAAAAUGUCAUUGUUUUCAUUUUACAUUCAACAAUAAUUCUCCGUUCUAUCAAGUGUCAGUAGUUCUGGCAUUCCAUUUCACUAAUAAAACAUUCCCUUCUAGUCUUGCAUUCACAUACACAAAGCACUGUAAAAUAUGUUUUUGCAUGAAACUAUUGAAGACAAAGAAUACCAAAUUGGUGUUUGUAUGUCAUUGUUUAGUGAAAGAUGAUUCCUCAUUGUAUUACACACACACAGGCACACAAUACUUACCAAAGUUACAGGAAAUUGGUUUGGGAAAGAAGUUAUAUUGCAGCAUAAGAAAAAAAAUGAGGAGGUAAUGAUGAUAUUAUAAUAUACCUACAAAGCAGCAUGCUGGCAGAAUCGUUAGCAUGCUGGGCAAAAUGCUUAGUGGUAUGUCAUCCAUCUUUACAUUCUGAAUUUAAAUUCUGCUGGGAUCGACUUUACCUUUCUGGGGAUCAGUAAAAUAAGUACAGUUGAGCAUUAGGGGUCAAUGUAAUUGACUUUCCCUGCUCCCCUGAGAUUGCUGGUCUUGUGCCAAAAUUUGGAACCAAUAUUAUUAAAUACCAUCAAAGCUAUGUACAACUAAAUUCCUUAUACAAUUUAUUACAAUAAUUUUGAAAUUCCAGACAAUUUUCUGGAAUAUUCUUUACUACAUUGAAUAUCAUCGUCAUUAUCACCAUCAUCAUCAUCAUUUUUAAUGUCCAUUUUUCCAUGCUUGCAUGGGUCACAUGGAAUUUGUUGAGGCAGAUUUUCUAUGGCCUGGUGCCCUUCAUGUUACCAACCCCUGCCUGUUUCUAAGCAAGGUGAUAUUUUCCCCUUGGCCAGACAUGUUUUUCAUGUGGAAGACUGAAAACGAACAGGAUUGUUUGUGUGAUGGUAAUGCUUGUUUAGUCAUCACAUGACGUCAAGACAAGGGUACAUACACACACACACACACCUUCACAAUGAGCUUCUUUCAGUUACCACUCACAAGGCUUUGGUCGGCUCUGGGCUAUAGUAGAAGACACUUGCCCAAGGUGCCAUGCAGUGGAACUGAGCCCAACAUCAUAUGUGUAGGGGUGGGAUUAAAAUAAACACAAUUAUUGCAUUUAUUAGGAAUUCAACAUUGGAUGUUCCAAGUGUAUUAGGAUGACUAACUACAAUGGAUCGUCAAGGAAACACUAUAUUGCAUUCUGUUACAAAGGUCUAAUAUCCGAAGUUAGACAUGAUAAAGUAUUCCCCCCUCGUGAUCCUUUGUAGCUAGAACAUCCGAUGCAGAAUUCCAACUCACUGCAAUAUUGAAACAUACAUAGAAACUAAUAAUUUAUGCUUGUGUUUAUCUUAAUUUUUCCCUACAUGUGCUCUGUGUAUCACAAUUAGUUACACUACUAAGUACAGUGGUCAACUAACCACUAUUAUGCUGGCAGCCAACUGAAUAAGGAUUAAUCUACAUGGAGCUCUAACUCAUACAGUUUUCAUACAUCUAACCAUACAAGAUAUAUAUAUAUAUAUAUAUAUAUACAUAUCGUUUUUAAAUUUGCUUUCCAAACACAGUUUUGGGUUCAAUCUCACUGCAUAGCACAUUGGACAAAUGUCUUCUGCUACAGCCCUGAGUCGACCAAAGCCUUGAGUGGAUUUGGUAGAUGUAAACUGAAAGACUGUCAUGUACAUAUAUAGAUAGCUGUGUGUGUUCAUGUGAAUGAGUUGUGUUUCCCUCAUCUAUACAUUUAGCUCCUGAUUGUAAACAAUGGCUGCAUUAACAGUGUUUGCUUGCAGUCCACUGUAAAAGCAUGUCCAGGUUUGUGUGAUCUUUACAAACGAAAGGCUUGUCCAUACGGUGUCUUUGUUUCCAGAAAAUCACAUACUGGGACUGAACCUGAAACUAUGGUUGGGAAGCAACUGUAUAUACAUAUGUAUAUAUUUUUCUUUUGUUCUUAUUUGCAUGUGUUGACUUAAUCCGAGAUUGUGUUGUGAGUAUAACAUUGUAGUCAUUAAAAAAAAAAUCUAAAUCAUAUAUUUCAAUAAUAACAAAAUUCACCACAAAAAGCUAUCAACUUGUCUUCAUAUAUCAAAUAGUAAAUAAUGAAAAUGGUUAAGAAUACCGAGUCUGGUAUUUUUCAUACAUACAUAUGCUACCAUAUCACCUAAUUAGCCUCUGAAUGUUACCUGACGAAGUGGCAAAGUUACACAAACAUGUUAUUGCAUAAUCCUAUGUAAUCUUAAAUGUUCUUACAUGCCAAGGUGUAUGAUGCAGUAUGUUAAUAAUAAUAAUAAUAAAUCUUUGCUACAGACACACGUGUAGUAAUACCCAAAUUA